AUGUCAGAGCGCUUACCACUACUCAGCCAAAUUGGCAACCCCCCGAAUCCGUUGGUCACUAUCGUUUCAAUAUUUGGUUGCAAAACUUGGCGCAACGUUGGAAAUGUUGCGAAGCCCACCAUUUUCUGUAGCCGGCUCAACUUUCUCAUCAUAAUGAUACCUAUUGGCAUUAUUAGUGGGCUGUGUAACUGGGGCCCAACGGUCAUCUUCAUCACCAACUUCCUGGCAAUUGUUCCCCUUGCCGUAAUGAUGUCGUUUGCGACCGAACAAGUUUCGCAGGUGGUGGGGGCAACAACUGCGGCGUUGCUUAAUGCAACUUUUGGCAACGCCGUUGAGUUGGUUGUCAGCGCCUUCGCACUCAUCAAUGGCCAUAUUGAUAUCGUUCAGUGGUCCAUGCUUGGCUCGAUACUCUCCAACUUGUUACUUGUUCCAGGUGCAAGCUUCUUGUGCGGCAAUAUCGCCAAGAUGCGCGUUGCUUCGAACAAUGGGGUACAACAAACGUUUAACCCGGAACUUGUGCAAACAGCCUCUUUACUAAUGGUUAUUUCGGCGGCUAUGUUUUUGAUCGUUUCUACUUUCUCUUUAGGUUUUGAGACGGCCGAGCCUGUAGAGAAGUUGCACGACAUACUAGUCCUAUCUCGCACAAUCGCUAUUCUCUCUCUAGCUUUGUAUAUUGCAGUCAUUUAUUUCCAGCAUGUCACCCAUCACAAUCUUUUCAAAGGAGUUGAUGAAGAACAUGGAGAAGCCGAACUUGGCGCUGUGGGUGCGACUUUGGUGCUCCUUGUCAUUACCGUUUUGGUUACAAUCAACGCGCAUUACCUCGUUGAUAGCAUUGAUAGCUUCAUUACCACAAACGGUAUAAGCAAGGGAUUCGUCGGAGUUAUUCUCAUCCCAAUCAUCGGAAACGCGGUAGAGCAUUGGGCAGCGUUGGACGCAGCCGUGAAGGACAACAUGGAUCUUUCUUUAGCCAUUACCACCGGUUCCAGCAUUCAGAUGGCUUUUCUUAUUACGCCACUUCUAGUUCUGUUCGGAUGGGUUCUAGGUCAACCUAUGAGUCUGGACUUCGGACUGUUCGGAGGCGUCAAUCUAGUAUGCUCUGUACUGGUUCUUGCAUACACAAUGCAAGAUGGAAAGUCCAAUUAUCUUGAAGGCGUCGGUCUGAUUGUAUGGUACAUCGUCUUGGCCACAGCCUAUUGGUUCUUCAGAUAG